UCAGUCAUUCAUUGUCUGUCUAAACGUCAUAGCUGUCUACAACCAUGUUUUAAAAAAAAUAUAUAUCACAUUUUCCCUGACAGUCAUCCAUUCCCUUACCACAGUCCUGUUAGCAUCUGUCUAAAUUUGCAAGGAUUCAGUUCCUGAAAUGUGACUUCUUCUUUCUAAUCCUCCCUCAUCUGGAAUGUGGUAAAGACAGUCUGUAAAAAAAAAGCAUGUUAGAUGUGAUUCUGAGCACGCUCUCUUGACUCUUGGAGGGUUUCAGGUGUUCUGCUGCCUCCUGGUUUACAACAAAUAUGGAUAAAGUCACACCAACCACAGAGGAUUAUUGGAUUUUUGAGGAUUAUGACAACUUCACCUCGCCCCCUGAUGCUUCCAGGAGUCGUGCAGUUCCCUGCUUGCAGGAAGACAUCUACAGUUUUGCACAGAGUUACUCUCCUGCCAUUUACUGCCUGGUGUUUCUCCUGGCUUUCCUGGGCAACAUCCUUGUGCUGUGUGUGAUCCGCCGCUACCGUAACUCUCAGAGUGGAGGGUCAUGUGCCUUUUCUCUGACUGACACCUUCCUCCUUCACCUGGCCAUCUCUGACCUCCUGCUGGCCUUCACCCUGCCCCUGUUUGCAGUGCAGUGGGCUCACCAGUGGGUGUUUGGUGAGGCUGCCUGCAAGAUCUCUGGCGCCCUCUUCACCCUGAACCGCUACAGUGGCAUCCUCUUCCUCGCCUGCAUCAGCUUUGACCGAUACCUGGCCAUCGUUCACGCUGUCAGCUCUGGGUGGAAGAGGAACACCUUUCGCCAGGUUGCGUGUGCUCUCAUAUGGGUGUGCUGCCUGGGCCUGAGCGCAGUAGACAUUACCUUCAAACAGGUGGAUGAGGUAAAUACUGUAGGUGAACACAAGGUGCUGCUGUGUCGGUUGUUGUUCUUAGAGAACUCCACACAGUGGCAGGUGGGGCUGCAGAUGGUCAGUGUGAUUCUGGGUUUUGGGAUCCCUCUUUUGAUCAUGCUGUACUGCUACAUCCGCAUCUUCAGGUCUCUGUGCAACGCCACCCGCCACCAAAAACGUAAAUCCCUCCGCCUCAUCGUCUCCUUAGUGUCUGUAUUUGUCAUCUGCUGGGCACCUUACAACUGCUUCCAGCUGAUAGACAGUCUGCACAGGCUGAAUUUGGUGAAUGGAGGUUGCCAGUUUGGCCGUGUGGUGGACAUUGGGACUCUUAUCACUGAGAGUCUGGGACUGUCGCACUGCGCCCUGAACCCGCUGCUGUAUGGCUUUGUUGGGGUGAAAUUUAGAAAAGAGCUGGCCAGAAUGUGUAAAGGGAUGCUGGGACAGAGAGGCUGGCUGGGGAUGAAGGGAUGGAGGGAGGGGAGGAAGAGAAAACCCACAGGAUCUUUCAGUUCUGCAGAAAGCGAAAACACCUCCUUCUCUGUCAUGGUGUGAAACUACUAAGAAAGUCCAGAAAGAAAGAUGCAGAGGAGGGGGAGAUAUGUGUGUGUGAAGAAUGUUCACUUUGAAUUCCUCUAUGGGGGAACUUUUCUGUCUGUGAUGUAUUUCUUUCACUGCUGCUCUGCCAUCUUGUUGUUGGUUUAGUGCAGAUUACCACAUGUUAUUUUGUUAUUUGUUACUCCUCUUUUUAGGAUUACUGUCGUAAACUCAUAAUGUGAGGGUGGAUAAUUACAAUAGAAUGCCAUAUCCAACAUGCUUAUGCUGUCAAGUAAAUUUCUUGCAAAAACAUGCUCAUCUUGUUUUUUGUCCACAAGUCAAAUCUUGUGAAACAUCUGGAUUUCUUCAUACUCCGAGAAAAGCUUGCUCAGCAGUUCAGGUGAAGACUGUGGCUUAAGAAGUCAGAUCUGUGUCACUUCCUUACAUUCAGGGCAUUUUCCUCCUUGGAUUCCACACAAAUGUGGCUUUGAAGAAUAAAAAAUAAGAUUCAGCUUUUAAAUAGUUCAAACAGUUGAUAUUUUGACAUUUUGUAAAUGUUGACAUUCUCAUUUCUUGGUUUUUUUUUAUGAUCCAGUUCUCUAGCUGUGUGCUUUAAAACAGGACUCAAAAGUGGAAAUGAAAACAAUGAAUCAUUUUGAAUGAUUCAAAAUGCCAAAAGCCGAAAGCCUUUUUUUUUGUGUACAAAGCUUUUUAUAAUAAAUAUUUUUGAAAUAAAACAAAUAAAAUGUCUUGUUCAAAUAUUUAUAACAAGUUCUCUGGAAGUUUUUAUUUUAUCCAACACAACAUGCAGCUGCUAAGACAGAGCUCAUUGUGGAGAAAAAUAAAACAGUUCUUCUUAUCUAAGAGAGCUGCUGCAAUGUACACAGUGUGUUUUUCUAUGUAAACAAUAAAACUCCAUUACUAGUGUGGACAAUACAUAUAGGCAUUUGUGAGCACAUGCAUUUCAAAGUAAAACAUUUUAUCAUCUAAAUGGCCCCUUCAGUGUAACAUUUUUAUCUGCAAUAUUUUUUUUACUAAUUUCUUACACUUUGAUAUAAAUAACGUUUAAAUGAUGUCAGUGAAUGAGCAUCAGCUAAUAGUUUGUUUGCUUUGGAUAUUUUUUAACCAAAAAAAAUGUAUCAUUUGUUUAAAAACAUGUUUUGUUUUCAUAAUUUAAUAUUCAACAUGUAAAAUAGUUACCAAAUCUGAUUAUCAAACAACUUAAACUAAAAUGUAGGACAAAGGAAGCAGUGGUAGGAAUGUAAUACAAUUUUAAGGUACGGUAACAUCAUUAAUACAAGAAUGUACUCAUAACAUUUAAAAGUUCUGCUUUUGAAAUCUAAAGUUAACAUCAAAUUGAGAGUACUUUUUAGUUUUUUUUAUUUAGCUGUGGAGUUUCUCGGAUUCUCUGAUUUAUUUGUUCUUGAGGUUUUGAGAUGUUGGAUAUGAUUUAUCUUUAGGAUGCAAUGAGUUAUUUUGAUGGAACCAUUUUUUUAAGGAAACAAACUCAUACACAUCUGUAAUAUAGGCUAAGUGGCAUCAAAAACAAUUCUUUUUUCAGAUGUAAAAUAUUAAAAUCAUAAGCAACUUUUGAAAACAUCUGCCGAAUUGAUUUAGGGAGGUAAUAUUGUUUUUAAAUGUAGGCUUAAGGAAAUAUAGAAAUAAGUAGCACAGGAUGGAAAUGCCCAUAUAAAUAACUAAAACCUGCAAUUCACUGGUUGUGUCAAACCAUAAUAAAAUGUAUACCACUAUUA